AGAUGAUGGUAACUUUCACAAUCACAUUAGUGAUUAUUUUAGAUCAGGAGGGGUGAAGUGUGAACAGACUUUUUUAGCUGAAGGAAAUGGACAAUCCCUCUCUCUGUUAAUGAUUCAUCUGCAGAGCGGUUCAGACAGCAGCAGACUUCACUUUUGAAGACUCUCAGGAUGUUUUAGAAAAAGGUUUUAAAUGUUUAAGAGCUGCAGACUGGUUGGUUCAAGUGGAGUCAAAACUCAGAGCUUCAGGCGACAGGUGAAGCUUUCCCAGUCCUCCAAACAUGAAUAAAACACAUCAGUGCAGCGGGAAGACUGAACGGACAAAGGAAAACUGAGAAUCUCCGUCUUCUGAGAAUCUACAGGGAACAAUCCAAUCAGACACAAGAAAGAUGAAGCUGCUUCUGUGUUACUUGUCGAUGUUGGGGUUCAGUUAUGUGACUUCCACUUAUGGACCCCAUCAGAGAGCCCAAAUGACUGGGGAUAUUUUACUCGGAGGUCUUUUCCCCAUUCACUUUGGUGUCUCAUCUAAAGAUCAAGACCUGGCAGCUCGGCCAGAAGCCACACAGUGUGUUCGGUUUAAUUUCCGUGGAUUUCGUUGGCUCCAGGCUAUGAUUUUUGCGAUUGAUGAAAUCAACAACAGCAGCUCGUUGCUGCCCAACAUCACGCUGGGCUACAGGAUAUUUGACACAUGCAACACUGUGUCAAAAGCCUUGGAAGCUACCCUUAGCUUUGUCGCUCAAAACAAGAUCGACUCCCUGAAUUUAGAUGAGUUCUGUAACUGCACCGAUCACAUCCCAUCAACCAUUGCGGUAGUGGGAGCUGCUGGAUCUGCAGUCUCCACAGCAGUUGCCAACCUGCUGGGUCUUUUUUAUAUUCCUCAGAUCAGCUAUGCCUCCUCUAGUCGCCUCCUGAGCAACAAAAAUCAGUACAAGUCCUUCAUGAGAACCAUCCCCACAGAUGAAUACCAGGCCACCGCCAUGGCAGACAUCAUCGAGUACUUCCAGUGGAACUGGGUCAUCGCCGUUGCUUCCGAUGAUGAUUACGGACGUCCUGGAAUUGAAAAGUUCGAAAAGGAAAUGGAAGAGCGAGAUAUCUGCAUCCACCUGAAUGAACUUAUCUCUCAGUACUUUGAGGAUCAUGAAAUUAAAGCUCUGGUUGAUAGAAUUGAGAACUCCACAGCUAAAGUGAUAGUUGUUUUUGCCAGUGGCCCAGACAUUGAGCCCCUGAUCAAAGAGAUGGUAAGGAGAAACAUCACAGAUCGCAUCUGGCUCGCCAGUGAGGCAUGGGCUAGCUCCUCCCUUAUUGCCAAACCAGAAUAUCUAGAUGUGGUAGCAGGAACCAUUGGCUUUGCUUUAAGGGCAGGGCAGAUACCAGGAUUUAGAGAGUUUUUACAGCAAGUCCAACCAAAAAAGAGCAGUCACAAUGAGUUUGUCCGAGAGUUUUGGGAAGAAACCUUUAAUUGUUACCUGGAAGGCAGCCCAAGAAUCCAAGAAAGCGAGAAUGACAGCACCACUUUCAGGCCUCUGUGCACCGGUGAGGAAGACAUCACAAGUGUUGAGACCCCGUACCUCGACUACAAACACCUCCGGAUCUCCUAUAAUGUUUAUGGAACAGUUUAUGCAAUUGCUCAGGCCCUGCAGGACAUACUCACCUGCACACCUGGGCGUGGCCUUUUUGCUAACAACUCUUGUGCAGAUAUCAAGAAAAUUGAAGCAUGGCAGGUGCUGAAGCAACUGAGGCAUUUGAACUUCACUAACAGUUUGGGUGAAAAGAUGCACUUUGAGGAAAAUGCAGACCUGACAGCAAACUAUACCAUCGUCAACUGGCACAGAUCUACAGAGGACGGCUCUGUGAUCUUUGAGGAGGUUGGAUGCUACAGAAUGCACGCCAAGAGAGGAGCUAAACUGUUUAUUGACAAGACAAAGAUUCUCUGGAAUGGAUACAGUUCAGAGGUGCCGUUUUCUAAUUGCAGUGAGGAAUGUGAUCCUGGAACAAGAAAGGGGAUCAUCGACAGCAUGCCCACAUGUUGCUUUGAAUGCACUGAGUGUUCAGAUGGAGAGUACAGUAACCAUAAAGAUGCCAGCGUUUGCACAAAAUGUUCAAACAACUCCUGGUCAAAUGGGAACCACACAUUCUGCUUCCUGAAAGAAAUCGAGUUUCUCUCUUGGGCUGAACCGUUUGGAAUAGCUUUGACCAUAUGUGCUGUCCUAGGUGUUGUCCUAACAACCUUUGUGAUGGGAGUCUUUGUCAAAUUUCGCAACACUCCUAUAGUGAAGGCCACAAACCGAGAAUUGUCCUACGUCCUCUUGUUCUCCCUCAUCUGCUGCUUCUCAAGCUCACUAAUUUUCAUUGGAGAGCCGCAGGACUGGACAUGUCGCGUACGCCAACCUGCCUUUGGUAUCAGCUUUGUUCUCUGCAUCUCCUGCAUUCUUGUUAAAACCAACAGAGUGCUUUUGGUUUUCGAGGCCAAAAUUCCAACAAGUCUCCACCGUAAAUGGUGGGGGUUGAAUCUACAGUUCCUCCUGGUGUUUCUGUUCACAUUUGUUCAAGUUAUGAUAUGUGUGGUGUGGCUUUACAAUGCCCCUCCUUCUAGCUACAGGAAUCACAACAUUGAUGAGAUCAUUUUCAUCACUUGCAACGAAGGCUCUGUGAUGGCUCUAGGCUUUAUCAUUGGCUAUACAUGUCUACUGGCAGCUAUUUGCUUCUUCUUUGCAUUCAAGUCCCGGAAACUUCCUGAGAACUUCAACGAAGCCAAGUUCAUCACUUUCAGCAUGCUGAUAUUCUUUAUUGUUUGGAUCUCGUUUAUCCCUGCCUACUUCAGCACCUAUGGCAAGUUUGUUUCAGCGGUUGAGGUCAUAGCUAUUCUGGCGUCCAGCUUUGGAAUGCUAGCAUGCAUUUUCUUUAACAAAGUCUACAUCAUCCUCUUCAAGCCAUCCAGAAACACAAUUGAGGAGGUUCGAUGCAGCACCGCAGCCCACGCCUUCAAAGUGGCAGCAAAGGCUACGCUAAAACACAGCACGAUUUCCAGGAAAAAGUCUAACAGCCUUGGUGGGUCUUCAGGCUCGACUCCGUCCUCAUCAAUCAGCCUCAAGACCAACGGCAAUGACUGCGACCUGCCUUCAGAAAGGCAUAGGCCAAGGGUGAGCUUUGGAAGUGGAACCGUUACUCUGUCUUUGAGCUUCGACGAGUCAAGACGAAGUUCUCUAAUGUAAAAAAAAAAAAAAAAGUACAGCAAAGAAAUGCUGUUUCCGUUCUUUAGAUUGCAGUAGACAGGAUUGUGGAGGAACUCAAAUCUGAUCCACAAAGUCUAAAAACUUGGAAGACUAGCCAGGCCCGCCAGACUCGCCCUCUGUCUAUUCCACACAGAAGAUGAGUCUGGAUAGGCAGAGAGCACCACAAGGGGCGGGACUAGCCAGCUCAGAAAUAACCUAUCAGAUAAAAGGCAGAAAUGACAACUGUAGUGUUUUAGCUGUAGUCAAAGAUGGCGUCUGGCUUCUGGCACAAACAUCUUUCUUUAGAAGAAAUGCUUUUAGCGCUUCUUCUUGUUGUGGUUUUAAAGACAUGUCCAAGUCGUUUAGAACAGAGGAAAGAGCCGCAGUGAACUCUGCUUCAGAUGUCAUCUUUGUUGUUUAGGAGGAACUGAGAGUUGCUGUGUGUGACGUAUGCUGCUCAGUGCUGACUGGCUCGGUUAGAAUCCUCAGGGGGUGGGGUUAUUUAAAUGGCAGCAUUAUCAGGCCCUUUGCUUCCGAUAGGGAGCCUAAGUCUCCUUCCUUUCUGGUCGGAUCAUGGGUCCCCGGAAGAACGAAAAAAUGAAUGCAAGUCAAUGGAGCAAAAAACGUUAUUUUCUAACCCGCCUUGCCUUACGCCCUGGAUCGCACAUAUGUUGUACUGCAAUUUAAAUGAAAAGUAAUGAUGGGUGUUUCGACCACACCUGUCACGUAGUUUGAGAUUUAUCAGCUUGUAAAUGUUUGUAAUUAGCAUGACUACACACCAGAAAUCGGCACGUCGCAUAUGUGACGUCACCACAUAAUCUCCUCUCUCCUAACGUAGCUGCUACUUACCACAUGGCCAGAUUUAUGGUGGUUCUUUUCUCCUGUGGGAAGUUUGCUGAACUUACAGCCAUUUUCUCUCAGUUUUCUCCGUGUCUGGUUCGAUGACGUCACUUUUGUGAAGUGCAUCUGUAGUCCUGGACUUAUCUCCACACAAAACCUAAAAUAGCGUUUCCCCGUUCGAAAAUAAGAGCGUUCUUAGUAUCAAAAAGCUUUAAAAUUCACGGACAUCAAAUGAGAAAUCCAAGGCACAAGACAAGCGGAAUUAGAAAAUUGCAUUUUUAGCCCCGUUACUUAAAUUCAUUUCUUCGUUCUUCCGGAGACCCGUGGUCCGGAGGUAGAUGGUCGUGACUUAGGCCCCCUGUAAGGAAGCAUUGGCAUGGCUGGCCAGGUUAGCGCAAGGCAUCAGUGAAAAGACACAAUCAACAUCCUACCAGACAACUUCAUUUUUAAUCUGCCUCGCUCAACUUCUAUAUUCCGUAUUUAUCAGUCAACAAAAAGACGUAUUUUUAAAAAGUUUUUUUGAGAAUUUGUAUUACUUUUUUUUAAGAUUCUUUAUACUUUGGCCAAAUAAUAAUUUCAUCUAAUGCAGAAGAAAUCUCAGUCCGAUUUGUUCUGCAGGUGAAUUUUAUUAUUUUUAUUUUUAAGCCAAAACCUGUCCAGUGAAUUAAUUCUCAACUGAAAGUUACUUGUUUUGUACAAAUAAAAGUCCUUUAUUGGAUCUUUAAGUUUAUUGAUUGUUUUUUGGGAUGGAGUUUGGCUCCUUGCACACACCAAUGAAAACACACUUUGAUGUCAGAACAUAAAGUGCACAAUGCAAGAUAUUCUAUAAAUGCAACAAUAAGACUUAAAACACUGGUGACAAGUAUCAUGCAAAGCUUGUCACACUUUUGAUUUCAUUUCCUUUUCUUGUCACUAGAGGCUCCCAGUAAAAACCUGAAUAUCUGAAAACACAAUAAAGAUUCUUACUGGGAUCCAUGGGGCUGAUUUGGUGCAACUCUUCCGAGGAGAUUUAACUGCCUACCUGCCUGCUUUUCACAAGUACCUGACAAUAAAACGGAAGGUGACUCUCACAUG